CACCGUCGGCGCUCCGUUCUGUGUUGGACCCUCGCUUGUUGUGUGGCGGGCGUCGGUCUCUUCCUCGUGGUCGCUUCGUUGUUAGCCUUGCGCUUUACGCUGGCUUCACUGUCGCGUUUUUGUUGCUUUUUUUUUUUUUUGAGGUUCACGGUGCAGCCAUCGUCCAUUGCGUGUUAGCCGCUUUUGCUAACCGUAACUGUUCGCAGCUCACUUAACUUUUGAUUCGUGGCCUCUAUUGCGUGUUAGCAGUUUAUGCGAACCGUGGAUUGUUGGCAUUUGCUGCCGCUCACUUGGUUUUAAUUGGUGACUUCUUAUUGCGUGUUUUAGCCGUUUAUGCUAACUGUUCUGCGCUCGCUGUGUAGGCUGCGACCGCGUUUCUUUCACUCAGCUAGCCGCGCUCGUGGUCACGUCCCGUCAGGGGGGGACAUUUCACGCGGGGCGGCUAUUUUUCGGCACAACACGACUGGUUUAUCUAGUCUAGGGCUUCCGUCGCGCGCGCGUGUGUGUGUUAGGGCUGCAGCUAUCGAUUAUUUUUGUAGUCGAUUAAUCCAUUAACUACUUCGUUCGAAUAAUUGAGUAAUCGGAUUAGGAACAUUUAAUGUGUUGCAGAAUUCAUUUUAAGAGAUGUAAAACAAAGGCUUGUUAAGGCUGCACUUUGAAAAGAGCAUUAAAUCCGAAUACAAAAUAAAAUUCCCGAGUUUCUUCAAACUAUGCAGGAUUGCACUUUUAUUUUACAAAUAAAUUAAAAUACCUGAACUUAAAAUAAAUAAAUGAGGAUCUAAUUUAGGGCUGCAGCUAUCGAUUAUUUUAGUAGUCGAUUAAUCAAUGAGCUAGUUAGUUCGAUUAAUCGAGUAAUCUAUAAAGAACAUAAAAAAUUAAAAUACCUGAACUGAGUCUCAAACGGUAUCGGUGGCUAACUUACAAAGCAAAAGGCUGCCUGCUUAAAGGCUAUAAAACGCUAAUUUUAUUUUUUUUUUUUUACACAAUGCUCUUAACAAAUGGUUCAGACUCAUAUUCCCACAAAAAACUGCUAAAUAUACCUAUAAACUACUUUACGAAUGCAUUAAAAAAACAUUAACUCAAACAAAAAUGUAGCUUAUGUUGGUCUUAACAAGGAGCAGCUGGAUUUAGUCACGUGAAAUGAGGCAGACUAGAGGGCAGCGUAUCCACCCAAAUCAACUAAACUAAAUGCAAACACUUUCAAAACAAACCAUUACAACACCACUUUAAUUAAACGAAUACUCGAAGCAGCAAAAUUUAAUCGAAUAUUUUUUUCUAAUUGAAUACUCGAGUUAAUCGAUUAAUCGUUGCAGCACUAAUCUAAUUACAACAAAGAACAAUUAGCUAACUUGCAUAGCAAAAAUCGCUAGUUUAAAUGCUAUAAAAUGCUAAUCUAUUUUUAUACAAUGCUCUUAACAAUUCAUUCAAACACAUAAUCCCCCCCCCCCACCAAAAGGGCUAAAUAUACCAAUAAACUAAAUUACAAAUGCAUAAAAAAACAUAUUAGCUCAAACAAUGUUGGUCUUAACAGCGAGCAGCCGGAUUCAGCCACUAAAUGAGUUAUGUCAUAUUCACUGUUGCCACUAGAGGCCGGUGCAUCCACCCAAAUCAAUAAAACUAUAAAUGCACUUUCAAAACAAACCAUUACAACGUCACUCUAAUUAAACGAAUACUCGAAGCAGUAAAAUUUGAUUUGAAGCUUUUUUCUAAUCGAAUUACUCUAGUUCAUCGAUUAAUCGUUGCAACAAUAGUUCCCUCCAUGGCCAUUUCAGAGGUAGAUAGUAACGCGUUACAAUUACUCAGUUACAUUUACUUGAGUAACUGAGACAUUUACUUCUAAGUAAAGCUGUCCCAAUCGAUCGGGUCCGAUCACGUCAUUUUCAAAGUAUCGGAAUCGGCAAAAAAAUAUUGGACAUGCCUUUUUUUAAUAUAUAUAUAUAUUUUUUUUAAUUAAAUUGUUUUCUAAUUGUAUUUAACGUUACAGACAAUAUGUCUUACACUCAUCCAGAGUCUUAAGUUUUGGCUUAUAGUAGGGCUAUCAAAUUUAUUGCGUUAACGGCGGUAAUUAAUUUUUAAAAAAUUAAUCAUGUUAAAACAUUUUAACGCAAUUAAGCAUGCGCUGAACGACCCACUCAGGCAUUAUCGCGUUCAAUCUAUAAUGGCGCCGUUUUACCUAUAUAUAGAGCUAAAAGGCAGCGUAAAAUGAAUAGAGCGAAUUUUGGCGGUCUUUGGGGCCUAUUUUAAAUGGCUAAAGCCUUACAAUCCCUCUCUCAACAAUUAGAAAUGUCGUGGGAAGCAAUGUGGGGAAGGAAGGUCGUAGUUGAUCAUUUUCUUAACACCCUAUGUUCUUUCCCAACGCAGAGAAGAUAUAUCAAUUGGUGCCCCUACGCACAGUCAUGGUUUCACUUCCCAUCAUGCAUUUGGGCAGACGUUAUAUGGCUGCAGUAUCAUUUACUGAAAGCUCAACAAAUACACUAGAUGGCAAUAUUUAGUCACAAUAUACAAAGUCACAAUUAUCCUUUAAGAAUUACAAGUCUUUCUAUCCGUGGAUCCCUCUCACAGAAAGAAUGUUAAUAAUGUAAAUGCCAUCUUGAGGAUUUAUUGUCAUAAUAAACAAAUACAGUCCUUAUGUACUGUAUGUUGAAUGUAUAUAUUCGUCCGAGUUUUAUUCAUUUUUUUCUUAGUGCAUUGCCAAAAUGUAUAUGAUCGGGAAAAAUUAUCGGGAAUGAUUGGAAUUGAAUCGGGAGCAACAAAAAAAAAAAAAAGCAAUCGGAUCGGGAAAUAUCGGGAUCGGCAGAUACUCGAACUAAAACGAUCGGGAUCGGAACAACCCUACUGCUAAGAGUACUUUUACUAAGCCAUAGGGGAGACUGGGGCAAUGUGAGACUAGCCCCUUUCAGGCUUCUAUUGUCAAUGACAGACAAUGUGCUUACCGGUCACUUCCUGUUAAUUUUGGCUCACUUUCUGUGAGUUUUGGUAAAUUUAUAGUCGUUUGUUGUACUUUUUAGGCCAUUUCCUGUUCUUUUGGAGCUUAUUGUACAUGAAAGCAACCCAGAAUGCCCAAAAAUGUGUAGGAACGUGAACCAAAAUGAAUUAAUUGACAAAACUAGAGAUCCAAUUCAUUUAAACUAGGAGGACUGGUUGUGAAUGCUCAUGUUUCAGUACCAUUGAAUUGACCAAGUCGCCCCUCCUAGUCCAAAUGGAUUGGACUACUAGCGCCGUCAAUUGCAGCCAAUGACUUUAAAUUACGUUUAAAAAGUAUUCUGCGAUUAAGGGCAAAUUGACGAUAAAAAUGUGACAAAUUUCUCUGGGGGUGGGACAAAUUUUGCGAUUAAUGUGGGUUACUUCUGGAAAAAAAUGCUUUUAUGAUUAAAUCAUCGGUUGCUGUCAACCCACCCUGUUCAAAUGGUUUGGACGUCUAGCAGCCAAUGAGUUAACAAGGAAGUGAUUAAAAAGUUAUUGGGUAAUAACCGAUGGGAAACAAAGCACCCCCACACACUUUAGUGAUUCUCAUAUCGGACUUCGUUAUCUGGCCACGUUUCGCCAACUAGAGGAAGUGAUGAGACAAAAGGCCGUCUGAAUCCCCUCCCCAGGCAGACUGUUCACGUGUGGGAGAGGUCGUGACGUCACCGGUCUGAAGCGUCUUCUGAUCCGCUCUUCUGAUCGUGUGCCGUUUUGGUCCCUCCCGUAUAGGGCUAAGCAAUGGGUUAACUUUGAUUUCCCCACAGGAGAGGCGACGAGCGAAAGGUCUGACGCGGAGACGAGGACACGGAGACGAUCUCGCCUGCGACAAAGUCCGAGGCGCUGCCAGCGUCUCCUGCACUUGGAAGACAAGUUCACGCAAAGUUGACUUUUUGUCCUGAAAAAAAGUGCCCUGAGGAAUUCUGUGGUGUUCAAACCUCCUCUUCAAAGAACAAGGAUGCAAAGAUUCAAGACCCAAGAGGUACUGGAAUUAAUCCUGAAUGAAGUCCACCCAUGUGAAUCCGAUGGAGAGGAGAUCAACUUUCAGAUCGACUCAGAUGGGGAGGAAAUCAGCUUUCAGCUGAGUUCGGAGUCUGAGCUGUCUUCAGAUGAGGAGACCGAUCCUCCACCAAGAAAAAGAUCCAAAUUGGGGACUGAGCCAACAGCAACUGUGAAUGCUGGCUACACACAAGGUAAGGAGAAUGCUCCUCCAGCAACAGCGACGGCAAAAGAUGGCACUGUGUGGCGUGAAGAACAGUUGGGGACACAACUCCCUUUCACCCCAGUUGAACCGUACACCACAGAUGGAGAGCCAGUGGAGAUUGUCAGAAGACGUAUCCAGAGUCGCCUUGCGAGCUUUCUGUGUUUCAUCAAUCGCGACAUGCUUCAUAGCAUUCAAAAAUGGACUGUUCAGCAUGCACGGCAAAAGGGAGAACCGGACUGGUUCAUGGCUGUCCCUGAACUAAUGGCAUUUAUAGCUGUCGUCAUCUUGCGUGGGGUUGCCAAAGUCCCAUCACUGACUGACUGCUGGUCGGCAGACCUAGGAAACCAAGUGAUAAUUGCAACAAUGGCCCGAAAUCGAUUUCAAAACAUCAUGCAACACCUACGUUUUGAUGACAUGUUCACACGCAGUGAACGAGUGGAGACCGAUAAGUUUGCCGCCAUUUCCGAUGUGUGGGGAUCGUUUGUGAACAACUGCGUUACAUCCUACAACCCUGGGCGACAUAUCACUAUCGACGAACAGCUUUUCCCGACAAAGACACGAUGCAGUUUCCUGCAAUACAGUGCAACCAAACCUGAUGAGUUUGGUAUCAAGUUUUGGGUGGCUUGCGACUUGAAAUCCAAGUACAUCUGUAAUGUCCUCCCAUAUCUUGGCAAGGACCUUAGUCGUCCUAGUGGGGAGAGACUGUCUGAGAGCGUUGCGAUGAAGCUGAUGGACCCAUUUUUGGACAAGGGCAGAACUGUCACCACGGGCAAUUUCUUCACAUCACUGUCACUUGCACAACAACUACUCAGCCGGAAAACCACCAUCCUUGGCACAGUCAACAGGAUUCGCCGGGAAAUUCCUCAGUCAAUCAAAGGGACGGACCGCAAAGAGUUCACCACUCAGGUGUUUUCAACCACUGAUGCCACGCUGACAGUGUAUGCGCCCAAAAGGAAGAACACUGUCUACAUCCUCAGCAACAUGCACAGUGUGGUUGAGACUGAGGAUACCACCAAAAGGAAGCCAAACACCUUAACCAAAUACAAUACCACAAAAUGUGGUGUGGAUUUGAUGGACCAGAUGGUGCGGGAGUUCAGCGUGCGCACAGGAACACGGAGAUGGCCAAUCGCCGUGUUCUACAAUAUGAUUGACAUGGCAGCACUGAAUGCAUACGUGUUGUAUCAGGCAUGCACCGGAAGGCAAGAGAGACGGGUGGACUUCUUGGUGGGUCUUGCGAAGGAAUUGGCCGACUCUCAUUUGGGCGCAAAGAAGGAGCGGAAGGAAAAAUUGCUUCGGCAACAACCUCCAACACCUAGCCCUGGGAAAAGGGCGAAGUGUCAAGUGAAGGAUGAAUGCAAGAGCAAUCCCGCCACGGAACGAUGUGUUGACUGCUACAGAUACACAUGUGGUUCAUGUAGAAGGGACAUACCAUGGCAGUGCCGGGUAUGUUUCCGCGAAGCAGAAGGAGAGAAGAGUAACUGCAAAUACACACCUUAAAACUAGUUAAAUUCUCUUUUCAGUGUAAAUCUGUUGGGAAACGAGGGAAAUUACUGCCAGUGCUUGAAGUAAAUUUCUUAAUUUGUUGAAAUAAGAAAAAUACCUUACUGAGAAUAAUCUUACAAGAUUUAUUUUCAGCAAAAAGUUAGUGUAUUUAAUCCAAAAAAACAAAUCAAAAAAAUUCAGAAAUGUUCUUAAUUCAAGAAGAGAUAUUCUGCCCUUUGGUAAAUUUUACAGCAGGGUUUUUUUGUACUGUCCUACAGCGCCCUCUUGUGGUCGCUUUGCGACAUGGUUUAUUGUAUUCUUACCGAUUCAAUAUGGCUGCACAUCGUCUCAGGCUGACGCCCAUGUUUUAAUGUUGUGUUUAUAUGAUCCCUGGACAAGAUUUUUCCCUAAGUAUGGAUGUGGAAAAGAAUGUAUAUAAUCUGGUAUAGCUAGAAAUGUAUAUUUUUUGUAUGAGACGUUUUUUGUUUAUUGUUUAGCGAACUUCUCUGGUGAGCUAACGUUGUUGCUAAUGCUACAUUGUGUAUUUUUUUUUGUUUUACAACGGGCUUAAGAGGACAAUGGUUUGAGGCCAUUCUUUCAAUAAAUCAGAUCAAAAAGGAAGUCUGAUUAUUAAAGCAUCGUUAGCUAGCUGUCUAGAUUGGGAAAAAGUAAACAUGAGUGAGGACAGCAGAGACAUUGUUCAAAACAUUAUUUCAAAGCACUUUUUUCUUAAUUUAGGUGAAAAUGACCAACUUUUAGAAGAAUGGGCUUCAUAAGAACAAACGGUAAUAUUAUUUAAAAUAAAUGGAAUAAUCUGAUAACUAGUCCAACACUCAAACCAACACAGAGAAAAUUAUUCAAAAAGUAAAUUUAUCAGAUUAAAACGUCAUAAAUUUGCCAUGUGAAAGUUAAUAACUUGGUAUGAAAAAGUAUCUGAACCUUUUGGUGUUUCUCAGAUUUCUGCAUAAAAUCUGAUGUGAUCUGAUGUUUGUCAAAAUCACACAGAUGAAAAAACUGCUUUAAAACUACCUAAAUAAACAUUUAUAGCUUUUCAUAUUUUAAUGAGGAUAGUAUGCAAACAAUGACAGAAGGUGGAAGAACAAGUAUGUGAACCAUCACAUUUAAUACUUUGUGGUACCCCAUUUGGCAGCAGUAACUUCAACCAGACGCUUCCUGUAGUUGCAAAUUAGUCGAGCACAUCAAUCAGGACUAAUCCUGGCCCAUUGUUCUCUACAAAACUACUGCUGUUCAGUUAGAUUCCUGGGAUGUCUGGCAUGAAUUGCUGUGUUUAGGUCAUGCCACAGCAUCUCAAUGGGGUUCAAGUCUGGACUUUGACUUGGCUACUCUAGAAUGUGUGUUUUGUUCUUCUGAAACCAUUCUAAAGUUGAUUUACUUCUGUGUUUUGGAUCAGUCUUGUUGCAGCAUCCAUCCUCUUUUUAGCUUCUUUUCAGCCUCCGGUUUUCCUGCAAAACAUCCUGAUAAACUUUUAAAUUCAUUAUUCCAUUAAUGAUUGCAAGUUGUCCAGGCCCUGAGUUAGCAAAACACCCCAAAUCAUGAUACUCCCUCCACCAUGCUUCACGGUGGGGAUGAGGUGUUGAUGUUGGUGAGCUGUUCCAUUUUUCCUCCGCACAUGACGUUGCGUGUUACUCUAAAAAAAUUCAACUUUGGUUUCAUUAGUCCAUAAAAUAUUCUGCCAAAACUUCUGUGGAGUGUCCAAGUGCCUUUUUGCGAACAUUAAUUGAGCAACAAUGCUUUUUUAGACAGCGGUGGCUUCCUCUGUGGAGUCCUCCCAUGAACACCAUUCUUGGCCAUAGUUUUACGUAUAGUCAAGAAUCUGCAUUGGACAAGGUGAUGAGGCUGGAACUUUGGUUUGGUGUUGUUCCAGUGAGAUUUACAAAGAUGACUGCCUGAAGAAAAACAUCAAAAUUCCCUCAGUCCUUGAUGAUAUGGGGCUGCAUGUUAGGCAAAGGCAUUGGGGAGAUGGCUGUGGUUAAAUCUUCAAUAAAUGCACAAAUUGAAAUUGAAAUUUUAGACCGCUUUCUUAUCCCUUCAAUUGAAAAUAUGUCAUUUUCCAAGAUGACAAUACAUCAUGCUACAGAGCUAAAAUUGUUAAAGCAUUCCUUGGCGAAAGACUCAUCCAGUCAAUGUCAUGGCCUGCAAAUAGCCCAGAUCUCAACCCUAUUGAAAA